AUGCCUGCAAAAAAAAAUGUUUGUGUUUGGUUUCAAGCAAAAAACUAUGUCAAUGAUGAAUACUAUUAUAGAUAUAAAUUUUAUCUAUCAACAUUAGAGAUUUAUUGUGGUGUUAGCAAAACAACAUUUGACCACCUCUAUUCUAUGAUUAAAGAUCAUUUUCAAAUUCAAGAAAAACAUUUACUUUGGUUCUUGGUAUAUUUAAGGCAGUACAAUUCAUUAGAUAUACAUGCUGUCAACUUUGGAGUCUCAGUUAGAACUUUUAAGACCUGGGUUGACAAUUGUUUCGUGGCAUUUAAUAUUGUACUUAAAAAUAAGUUGAAAGAAGAUGUUCUAUUAAAUCCAAAUAUUCUAGAUAACUUGGUCAUUAAAGAGUAUUCUUUUGGUUCUGGUGAUGCCAUUCAAACUAAACUUGUAAACUGUGCUGUUGAUACUACCCUUCUACAAAUCCCAAAACCUAUUGAUGGAUAUUUGUACAAAUCAUUAUAUUGUACAAAACAUAAAAUACAUGGCUAUAAAUAUGAAGCUGUAGUAGGUUUGAAGGGGGAACUACUAUCACUAAGAGGUCCAUUUCCUGGUAGUCAACAUGAUGCCAGUAUUUACUCGUCUAUUGGGAAUGAAAUUGAUCAUUUACUAUCUCCGUCAUAUUGGAUGCUGGGAGACAAGGGUUAUAUUGGUGGAAAUAGAAUUUUUGCACCAAAUAAGAAAUUGUCAAGGAAAGAGCCAUCAAUAAGAAACCCAAACAAAACUAUGAAAGUCAAAGUUCCGUUUACACCAGAACAGAAAGCAGAAAAUUCUUUUAUCAAUUCCAAUCGUGCUGUUGUAGAAAAUUAUUUUGGGAGAAUUAAAAAAUUCCAUUGCUUGAAAAGGCAUGGAGGGGCUCAAAAGAAAAAUUGGAUUUGGCUUUCUUGUUAUGUGUAUGAUAACAUUGAUCGCAUUUGUUUCAGUUUAGUUUGUAAGAGAUGGUACAACGAAAGAGAUAAAUAUUUAAUAUUCAACUCUGAUCGUAUCAAAUUAUUUGCACUUAAUAGCACUGAUACGAAAAAAAAUCAUAAACAUUUCAAAUUACCAUCAUAUAAUAAUAUCUUUAAGAAAUCAAUUCAAUCAAAGACUGUUAGUUCACUUUUUGUUGGCGAUAGAGAUUAUAGAAAUUGCGAUUAUUAUUUUUUUAAUGAUAUUAGAAAACUAAAUAGUAUUCCCAACAAUGUUUCAAAUAUCGAAAUUGGUAUUGCAUAUGAAUUAUUUGAAGAUGAUCUGAAGUAUCUCUAUCAAUUAAUAUCAGAAUCACAAUCAGUAACAAUGUUGAAAGGUUGUAGCACAUUGAAAUAUGGAUUACCAAAGUCAAUCAAAACCAUUAGAUUUAGUAAUUUCAAUGAACCACUUAUUAAAGAAUCACUUCCCAAUUCAAUAGAAGAGUUACUUUUCAACAGUGAUUUCAAACAAGAGAUUCUACCAGGUUUACUUCCAGAAGGUUUGAGUAAACUUAUUAUAUACAGCUGUAGUAGCUACCAAUAUGAAAUUCGACCAGGUGUACUUCCAGUUAGUUUACUUGAAUUUGCUAUUCAUAACUAUCAUUAUGAAAUUCACCCAGGUGUACUUCCAGCUAGUUUACUUAAAUUUACUUUCAACCGCUGUCAAGGUGAAAUUCGACCAGGUGCACUCCCAGAUGGUUUACUUGAAUGUCAUCUCAAUUACUAUGAAUUCGAAAUUAAACCGGGUGUACUUCCAAAUGGAUUGCUAGAAUUUUCUCUUGAAAGCAAUAACUAUCGAUAUGAAAUGCAACCAGGAGUACUUCCAUUGUCUCUUGAAUGUUUAUCUCUUAAUAGUCAUCCAUCUGAGGAUCAAUUACCACCAACCCUAGGAGAUCAACAAUAUCCGGUGGCAACAUGUUUACCAAUUUCAUGGUUACAAGCGAUAUCAUCACUCCCCAACCUUCAAAACCUUUAUGUUUAUUUUUCCUAUGAUGUUAAUGAAGAUACUAUACUCAAUCUCGAGUACCUCCCACCAACUCUAGAAUAUUUAGCAUAUUUAUUACCAAGAACGAUAUUGAAAGGAACAAUGCCCACAUCUUUGAAAAGCAUUGACCUUGAUGAGUGUCAAUUUAAGAUCGAUGAAAUAUUCCCAGAAACAUUACAAUAUCAAUUGGAGAUGUUUCAAUAUCGAAAUAAGAUUAUACAUUCAAUUCCAUCAAACGUAAAGAUCGAAACAUUAUCAAUGACUGGAAAUUCAAGUGAACCAAUGAUAACUCUCCCAUCAGGUGUUGAAAACAUCUAUCUUUCAUUAGAUUGGACAAAUUCAGGUGAGAAGAUAAUUGACUUUGGUGGAGAUGGUAAUACCGAUCAACCAUGUUCAUUAAGAAAAGUGGCAUUUUCGCAAUUCGACAAUGGAACACCACAAGUUAAACUACCAAACACCGUCGAAUUUCUAGAUCUUGGUUUUAAUUAUCUCAAUGAUAAUAUAUUACAGUGGGUACCUUCAUCAUAUUCUCAUAUCUUGAAGAAUACUAAAAUGGUUUUUAUUUUUAUUUGUUUAUUUGCUAGUGAGGUGGGAUGGAGUUGGGAAGUUCCAGGUUUGGUGGUUCCAGAUGAGUUUGAAUUCGUCUAG